AUGUCGGCCACGAUAGCCCAGGCGGAUAGCCUCAAUGGCAACGCCAACAUCAUCUCACCGAUCAAUAUGUUCUACUUUCUGCUCGCGCCCGCACUGCUCCUGUGGUUCGUGUACUGGCGCCUGUCACGCCGUCACAUGCUCGAGCUAGCCGAAAGGAUACCCGGCCCCAAAGGACUACCACUGAUCGGGAACGCGCUCGAUCUGGUGGGCAGCUCACACUCCGUGUUCCGCACGAUCAUCGAGAAGGGCAAGGACUACAACGAAGUCAUCAAGAUCUGGAUUGGACCGAAGCUGAUCGUCUUCCUGGUGGAUCCGCGCGACGUCGAGCUACUACUCAGCAGCCACGUCUUCAUCGACAAAUCGCCCGAGUAUCGCUUCUUCAAGCCAUGGCUGGGCAACGGACUGCUCAUCAGCACCGGACACAAAUGGCGCCAGCACCGUAAGCUGAUCGCGCCCACCUUCCAUCUGAACGUGCUGAAGAGCUUCAUCGAUCUGUUCAACGAAAACUCGCGCCUGGUGGUGGAGAAGAUGCACAAGGAAAAUGGCAAGCCGUUCGACUGUCACGACUACAUGAGCGAGUGCACGGUGGAGAUUCUGCUAGAGACCGCCAUGGGUGUGUCGAAGAAGACACAAGAUCAGUCCGGAUACGACUACGCAAUGGCAGUGAUGAAGAUGUGCGACAUUCUGCACCUGCGCCAUCGCAAGAUGUGGCUCUACCCGGACCUGUUCUUUAACCUGACGCAGUACGCCAAGAAGCAGGUGAAGCUUCUCGACACCAUCCACAGCCUCACGAAGAAGGUCAUCCGCAACAAGAAGGCAGCGUUCGACAAGGGAACGCGUGGCUCGCUGGCGAUCACGUCGAUCAAGACGUCCGAGCUGGAGAAGCCGAAGGGCGACGCAGCCAAGACCAGCACGGUCGAGGGUCUCUCGUUCGGCCAGUCCGCCAACCUGAAGGACGACCUGGACGUGGACGAGAACGAUAUUGGCGAGAAGAAGCGCCUCGCGUUUUUGGACCUCCUGCUGGAGAGCGCAGAGAACGGGGCACUGAUCUCAGACGAGGAAAUCAAGAACCAGGUUGACACGAUCAUGUUCGAGGGACACGACACGACGGCCGCCGGCAGCAGCUUCUUCCUCUCCAUGAUGGGUGUGCACCAGCACAUCCAGGACAAGGUGAUCCAGGAGCUGGACGACAUUUUCGGCGACUCGGACCGGCCGGCCACUUUCCAGGAUACGCUCGAGAUGAAGUACCUGGAGCGCUGCCUGAUGGAGACGCUGCGCAUGUACCCGCCGGUGCCGAUCAUCGCCCGGUCGCUGAAGCAGGACCUCAAGCUAGCGUCCAGCGAUCUGGUCGUCCCGGCCGGAGCAACCAUCACCGUGGCCACCUUCAAGCUGCACCGCCUGGAAUCGAUCUACCCGAACCCAGACGUCUUCGACCCGGACAACUUCCUACCCGAAAAGCAGGCAAACCGGCACUACUACGCGUUCGUUCCGUUCUCCGCCGGACCGAGAAGUUGCGUCGGACGCAAGUACGCAAUGUUGAAGCUGAAAAUCAUUCUCUCGACCAUCCUGCGAAACUUCCGUGUCCACUCCGACCUGAAAGAGGAAGACUUCAAGCUACAGGCUGACAUCAUCCUGAAGCGAGAGGAAGGCUUCCAGAUUCGUCUCGAGCCGCGCAAGCGCAAGGCGAAGGCACUUUAGAUUCUAGCAAGCGUGCGUUGCGACCCGCGUGUUUGUUUUCUAUACCCUUUCCUUUUUUUUUCUACACCGCAUACCAUAUGAACCGGCUUUACUCUGCCGGCGACAAAAGGUAUAGGCAAACAACACGCAUCCGCUGACGAAAUGACAAAUUUAUCAUUCUUUUUGCAACUGGGAUUACAUUCGGAGAAAUAAAACUUAAAACAACUAUUAAUCAUAACGGGUAAAGUUACUGGCGUAUUAUUGCAAAUGUGAGAAAAAUUGCAGGUCUAUCAACCAUACCAUAAUUGGCAUCAAAUAUACCAUUGCAAG